GUUGGCCCAGUUGGAGAGGAGGUUGCGGGAGUGGGGAAGAUGCGGGGCAAGGAGGAUGAGUACGAUUAUCUGUUUAAAGUUGUGCUCAUCGGGGACUCUGGGGUGGGGAAGAGCAACCUCCUGUCCCGUUUCACCCGGAACGAGUUCAACCUGGAGAGCAAGAGCACCAUCGGGGUGGAAUUUGCCACCAGGAGCAUCCAGGUGGACAACAAAACCGUGAAAGCUCAGAUCUGGGACACGGCUGGGCAGGAGCGGUACCGAGCCAUCACCUCGGCGUACUACCGGGGGGCAGUGGGAGCCCUCCUGGUCUAUGACAUUGCCAAGUACCUGAGCUACGAGAACGCCGAGCGGUGGCUGAAGGAGCUGCAGGACCACGCGGAUGCCAACAUCGUCAUCAUGCUGGUGGGCAACAAAAGUGACCUCAGGCACCUCAGGGCUGUGCCCACCGACGAGGCCAGGAGCUUUGCAGAGAAGAACGGGCUCUCCUUCCUCGAGACCUCAGCUCUGGAUUCUACCAACGUGGAGAUGGCUUUCCACAACAUCCUGACAGAGAUUUACCGCAUUGUCUCCCAGAGGCAGAUCACGGGGCAACCAGAACCUGAAUUUGGCCCCGGCACAACCAUCGAGCCCAUCCGGGUGCUGCCCACCCAGCAGGAGAGCAGGCAGACCCCCUGCUGCCAGAACAUCUGAGACCCCCCCCAAAAAGACCCCCAAAAAAUACCCCAGGAUUCCCACCCC